GGGGCCGGGACGCUGAGGCGUGAAGAGGCGGGGCGAGCCUAGGUGAGUGAGUCGCCCCCCUCGAGCCCCCAGCGCCCCUGCUCUGAGUACCGGCGCCAGCUUCCCCUUCAGCCCCUUGGCAGCGCGGGCUCCGCGGCCGGUUGCACCGCGGCGGGGCUAGACUCGGUGCGGCUCCAUAUUGGCGCCGGGCACCUGUGGCGACCGCUGGAGCAGCGCUUCCGCCGGCCAGUGCGGCCCUGGAGGCGACAGGGCAGCCAUGAGUUCUAGCCACCCUGAACCAGGUGCCCGGGAACCCCAGAGUCCCCGUCCACAGCCCCUGUCCCAGAGUUCUUCCAGCUUGCUGUGUGAAGGCCGGGAGCAGAGGCCAGAGCUUCGAAAGAGUGUCAGUAGCACCGUAUGGCGGGCACAGCAGGCUGAAGCCAGUACUGGUCCCCGGACCCUGCAGGAGGAGGGAUGUCAGAUGGAGAGCACAGAGCAAGCACAGACCGCAAACCCUCCGUCUCAGGCUGCUGCUGGAGGCCACUGGAGGAGCAGCACGGUUGGUAAUGUGUCCACGAUGGGCAUCGGUGAUCUGUGUCGCCUACAGGCCCCCAGCGUGGCAGCCGUGCAGAGGAGCCACUCAGACUUGGUCCAUAGUACCCAGACCCGGGGUCAUGGCAGCGUUCAGAAGCCCAGUCUGAGCUGUUCCGCCCUUGGCAUCUCACCUGUCCACAGGGCUCAUCUGCAGCCUGGCGGUGUUGCUGGCCAAGGUGGCCCCACCCCUGCACCCCUGCCAAGUGACUCGUCUCUAGAGGAUGGGACUUCUAAAUCGGCCUGCACGUUGGGGGAGAGUCAGGUGUGGGUGCCAACCAUAGAACUGGAAGAUACCACUGGUCUCCUCAUUGGUUCCCAGGGUGAGCCCCAAGCUACCGGGCAGCCAUCUACCACUCCCUGCCAUGCUCUGCCCCCAGCAACUCUGCUCUGCACAGUCGGGGAGGCUGUACCUGGUAGCACCUGCCAUGCUCUGCCUGCCAAAGGCAUCCUGGCCUUCCCUAAAUUGGUGGCAUCAGUGAGUGAGUCUGGGUUGCAGGCCCAGUGUGGGAUGAAAUUCCACUGUCAGUUGUCUGGGGGGAUUUCUGGGCGCGCCCACUGCUGUGUCCAUCCUUGGGGGCCUACAGGGCUGGCCACAGAGUCUGGCUCCAGGACUAAAGAUGUGUGGACCAUGACCUCGGCCACUGAUUUGGCUCUGGGUGUGGCGUCAGCCCAGGAUGCUGGGGUUCAGGCGGCUCCAGUGGCAGCCUGCAAGGCUGUGGCUACCAGCCCAUCCCUGGAAGCACCCAAGACUCUGAACAUAUUUCCAGAGGUAAUGCUGGGGCCCGGCCUAGAAGAGGCGUCGUCGCCUGUGAGGGAAGUGCGAUGGGAUGCCGAGGGCAUGACGUGGGAGGUGUAUGGAGCCUCCGUGGACCCUGAGGUACUUGGCAUUGCCAUCCAGAAGCACCUGGAAAUGCAAUUCGAGCAGCUGCAGCAGGCCCCAGCCAGUGAGGACAGCCUGUCUACGGAGGGCCGGAGGGGUCCCCUGAGGGCUGUCAUGCAGUCAUUGCGACGUCCCAGCUGCUGUGGCUGCUCUGGAGCUGCUCCAGAAUGAGGAACUGUGACCCCGAAACUGGCCAUGACUCUAGACUCGGUCCUAGGCCAGUGACAGGCACAGUGAAGACUCCAUGUCACCAGAACCCACCCUCUAACUUGAACACCAGCCUUGCUUGGGCUUGUGGUCCCACGCAGCUGGGCCAUCUUUUAAGGGCUUGAUUCCCAAGAGUUACUUCUCUAUCUAGGCUGGGCUCUGAACUUUGGGACAGGGAUUUUGCACUGCACAGAAGCAAAAUCCUGAUUUCUUUCCUGUAAAAGUAUUUGACCUUUUGUUUAGUCCAUCCCGCAGACCUUUGCUGUCACUCCUCUGGGACUCUUGGUGGUUUUAUUUUUAAUAGAAUUGCUAGGAACUCAUGAAUUUUGACAUUACACAGGAGGCCCGAGGUGAUGGGGACUGCCCCAGUCUUUAGAGAACUGGCCUUACCGGAGGCCUCCUGCACACUACAUACUGUGCUCCUUACCUAACCUUGUUGAAGUUCCUCCUUUUUACCCCACUUUCCAGAUGUCACGGCAGAGAGCUAGCUGAUGAAUUCUGAGGUACAGUUCCACAUAGAAUGAAAGGCUUAGAGCCUGGGCUAGCCCAGCCCUGGUGUUGGCCUGUGACACACACUUGGGCCAGCUCAGUGUAGCUGGGGACAGGGAGGACUAACUGAAUGUACUUUUCUGCCAGGUUCUGGAGUUUUGUGAGGCACAGCCCCUGCCCAUGAGGUGUGGGUACCUGACCAUUACAGAAGGGCUGCUUGUAUCCUUGGAGGGGGUUCCCAGAUCCUGCCCCUGCAAGUCACUGUGCUAGCUCCCUGCUUCAGGAAGUAGAUAACAAGUGCUCACCUGUCCCCAAGUGUAUUGCAGCGCUCGAAAGGGUGCCAUCAUUGCCCGGCUCCAUAGGUUUUUAUGCUAUCUGGUGCCGUUCUUCUGGGAGGAGCCUGGCUUUGGGCGUAGUGGUGCUGGGUUUGGGGCUCCCUCCUGGUAGGAAAUGGCUAGAGCUGAGAGGCUCCGAAUGUCGGGGUUAGAUAUGGCCUGUGUAUAUGAGGAAUGCCCUAGCAUGGGCUGGACCGUGGGGACCAGUAGAUUUGGGUGGGGAGAGAGGACACAGAGCCUUUCCCUGCCUGAUUUUAUUACCCAAGGGCUUCAUAAGGCCAGGAGGAUGGAGGAAGGCCAGGAUGCUGAAGGCUCUCGACGCCUGGGCUACAGCUCCUCAAGUUAUGUGAGACAGCUCCAGGGUUAGAUAGACUCAGGCCUGAGUUUCUGUAGGGUUGAAGCUCUAGUAAACAGGUUGUGCAAGGGGAGGCUCAGGACACUCCUGGGACCCCAGGGAAGAUGACCUAUCUGCCCCAUAAGCAAGGCCCUCCUGCUGAUGGAGUAGGGAAACUGUAACAGCGGCCUCUGGUUUGGAGCAGAAAUGGCAUGCCAGUGGGUCAAAGAAACAAGGCGAGAAUGUCCGGCUCCAGGAGAAAGGCCUUCUAACAGGGUAGUCUGACUGGUUCUAUUCCUUCCCCAAGGGAGCAAGCACACUCCUUACAAACAUGGCAUGUCUGAAUAUUUGUGUCACAACGCAAUGCCUGUGCCCUGGUGUGUGGCAUGUGGUCACCUUGUCUUCUUGGAACCUGAACGGGAGUGAGCGAAUGGCUGUGGAGACAUGGGGCCAUAGCACCUUCACACUGGGCCACAGCUGAGAAGGCUGUUGAUUGACACAGAGGGCCUGUGCAGGUGGGCGGAGUGGGGACAGCAGUUGUUCUGCUGGAAUAAGGCGAGCCGCUGUUGGGCAGGGUGUUCUUCAGCAGGAGGCUGGCUUGGUUGCUUGUGGCAAGCAUUAUGGGAUCUUCUGAAGGCGGGGGCAGAGUCCCACACCCGUGAGUGCAAUCUGUUCUGUGAGAAGGAAGUCAGGGACGCUGACUUUCAUUUGAGGCAUGAAGUCAGGGAGGUCACGUUCAGGGAGAGACGAGGGCCGGUGGGCAGUCUCAGGAGGUCCACACGAAGGGCAGCACACCACAGGGCUUGUUUGGUAGCAGUGAAACCUACCGUGCAAAGACCUUCUCUGCUACACGCAGAUCUCAAGUUCUUUGUUGGGCAAAUGGUGCCAACCUACAUUUCCCACGGUGCACCUGUUACUCCGAUGAAAGCCAGGCUGGGCCCAUUGUAGGUCAGGAUAGACCAGUCCCUCACCCACCUAGCUUCAUCCUGACUGGUAAACAUGUGUCUGAUGGUGCUAGAACCGAGCCUGGCCUGUGUGUUGGUUGGAACCCCUAGAACACCCAGUAGCUGAGCUGUGUGGACUGUUCUCAGGUCUGCCCAUGGCGCCUGUGACUUAAGUUCUGAAUUAGACAUAUUCCUACUCCCUACCAGGCCCCUCUGGGCAAGGCCUGAUUUGGGGACUGGGCCAGGGGCUGUUGAAGGUCACUGACUUUCCUUAUAGAUUUCUGCUCUGGGUCUCUGGCUGGACACUUGGGGGUCCCUUUUGGAGGGGGUGGAUCUCGCUGUAUAUGUUUGUCUUAUUUUGAAUUAAAAAUAAAUACAAGUUGAGAGAUCAGAGCUCUGACAGGCCUCGUCAGAAAGAGGGCAUUGGGCAUGGCCAAUCUUGUUUCCUUUGUUCUGGUAAAUUCUGUCCGCGGGGGCAUGAGCCCUAGGGUCCAAGGGCUCUGCGUCCUGUCAGGUUCUCCCUCUGUCUUCUGGGGCCACCCCAUUCUGUGUAUUUGUUCUCCUUUUGAGCAUCUUGGGUUUAGGACAGAUGAAGUCUGACUUCCUGGAGCCUACCACGACCAAGACUGUCUUCCUGUAGGCAACACACACAAGUAUCUCCCUUUUCUGGUUCCAGGCUGCUGUCACCAUCUUAAGGGACCACUUCAAAUGUAGGCUCUUUACCUGCUGGCAUUCAGAGUGCUGGGGAGGGAAGCGGAGGAGAGUCCUCUUCCCCUGUGAUGUCACCUGUUUGGGUCUCUGUCCCCUGGAUGAGUUAGGUUAUUGACAGCUGAACUGGACCUUCCCUCUGUAGGUCCUAAUGCUCUGGGCUUGGGGUGGGCCACCAUAGCUGUGUCUGUGAGCUGAGAAUUGAAUUCUAGAGUCACAUUGGUGUUCAUGAACUCUCGGGCUAGACACCAGCCCUGAAGGCCUGCAACUUCUUCAGCUCUACAUAAAGCACCUGCCUCCUCAGAGUGCUGGCCUCGCACGCUGGUAUUUCCCAGUUUUUCAUGGCCACAGGGUGGGGCUUGGUUGUCACCACAAUGCACAUGGCGUUCCCUUAAAGUUCCUUCUUCAGAGUCUCAUCCCAGCUUCUUCACCCCAUGUGCCUUCUGGCUGGGAGCCUCUGAACCCAUAGCUCCUAGAGCCAGGCAGAGGAGGAGAUCCCCUCUCUACUAGACCGCUGAGGUGAGGAGAGUGAGGUAGGGGAGGACAGAAACCAAGCAAGCAUGUGACUUGAGGUCAGCCUAGGCUUCUACAGCAGAGUUUGGGCUUUCCCAGGGUGGACGGCAGACCCCAGGCACCUCCUCUUAGGUAUGUGGACGCAUUUGUGCCUGCAUCUGCCCAUCACCCAGUACAUGCGGCCUGUGGAGCACACGCUACCCAGGCCUUUUCCUUUGGAUCCGAUUUAGAAGCAAUUCUGCCACACUAGCGUACCACCUGCCAGGUGAUCUUGAUUAGAGGUGAAGCUUGGCCUCUGUCCACGCUAAAUUCCUUCUCGUUUGUCAUUUGGCCUGGCCCAGUUUUGUCAUCUGAAGCUGUGACUAAGCCCUUCAUGAGUUCUCAUCCAACUUGUCAGGCAGGGCAGGGCCCCUGCGGACUCUGAAGUGGGGCUCUGGAUCACUCUGUCGUCACCAUGGACCCCAGCCCCUACCCCACAAUGCACACCCACAUCACGGCAGAGUCAUUCAUGGCAAUUUUGUUAAAAUCAGCGUCACCUAAAUGGAGUCCCAGCAUAGAAGGAAGCUGUUCUAAUAGGAUUCACUCAGCGGCCCGACCUCCCUUUCCCAUCGUAGCUGCUUCUGUUUGACAUGCUGUUCUAGAAGUUUGAGAUCAGUAAACUAAGCAGCACCCAAGGGGGCAUUCCUCUCUCUGAGGAAAAGGGGAGUGGGUAAUGAGGGAGACAUUUGUAAGGGUGCGACUGGAAGAGAGGUGGGAGGGGGUUGUGAGUGGGAUGUAAAGUGAAUUAAAAAAAGAAGAUUUGCUUACUCUUUCUUCUCAUCCAUUGGGGAACAGAUGGCCUUUGGCCUUGGCAUAGUACCUACUGAGCCUUGAUCCUCUAAGGCUGCCAUUCUAGCACGUGGUCACUCACCCGCUAGUGUCUUGGAAGGUGAUCUCUGAGGGUCAGAAGGGAGCCUCCCUAAUGUCUGUUCUUUAGAAAGGACCUCCUUAGAAACACCCCGCAGUUCGUCUGUUUUGGAGGGAAUCCCUAGAAGGACCUGGGAACCAGGCCGGCCUGUAGGCUUGCGUGGGAUUGGUGCAGGUUCUAUGAUCACGCACAGAGUUAGGGUAAAGAGCACCAGGAAAAGGUGAAGAAGUUAAAAACCUGAGCCAAAUCACAGCAGCACGGGCUGAUGGGAUCGAGGCAGAUGGGCAGUGUCAGACUCUUACUGCUAGAGCUGGGCACAUGUCUCCUUCGCUGUCCUUGAGCGGUGACUGUGCAGUUUUCGUGCUGAGUCACGAUCCACCCUCCCCCUUGCUCACAGCCAGAGACCUGCAGCAGGGAAGCAGGUCUGGGCCUUGCAGCAUGAGCUCUUUGAAUAAAUAUCCUAAGACCCAUCUUUCACGGGCUCCCUUUAUUAGGAAGGGAGAUGAGUUGGGGGUGGGAGCUUGGGCUGUGAGGCGUGCUCAGUUCUAAGGGGCCCACAGAUUUGCCUGGUCUGUCCUGGCUGGAGACUUUUCAUGUCACAACAUCCUUCUGGAAAGAGACCUCCAGUGCCUUUUUUAUUUUUAUUUUUUCAUCAUGUCUGUGCAGCCAAGAGCAAACUGGCCUCCUACCCCCCCCCCCCCCCAGACGUUCUUUCUCCAGCGUCUCUUUCUCCUUUCUGUCUCAAUUUCUCUUGUCCCGAGAACACUUUGUCUCUCCAUUGUCCCAAUACCCUUGUCCCUGGAGCCUCCUUCAGUUUGUCAGGGGUCUGUCUGGCCUUGACCCUAUCACUCCAAACCUGAGGCUUUCUCUGGAAUAUUUCCCCCAGGCCAUGCAUGGCUUAGUCUGGGUCUCCGCGUCUUUGAUGUUUGAGGACCCAGGCCCUUUCCCCGCUCCUAUUUUGUUUUUCUUUGGACACACACUGAAAGACCAAGUUUACAGAAACAGCUGGAGCCCAGGAGGAAAGAGAGAAUUGCCUUCUCCAUACCUCUUGUCCUGCCUCCUUGGCAUCCCUCCCCCACUGUAGCUGUGGCGUCCUUUUCCCUCUUUGCCCAGUUUUAAACGAAGGUCUGGGAACACAAUGGUUGUGGAUGACAUUUUGUAUGUAACUUCCUGGAUGUAUGACUUCGGGGGAGUUUCUGUUUUUCUUAUUGUAGAAUUGGGGAUACUGAAGGAGGGGCAUAGGUUUCUUAUGUGGGUUUCCAUUCCUAAAUGCCCUGUGCAUGGUGAGGUGUCUCUCCGCUGAGCAGGGCAGGAGUAGGAAUGUGGUCACAAGUCACUGGCUUGGAAGUAGGCGGAACACUGAUGAGGCACAAGUCAGCCAGGAGGGCCUGCCUUAGUGGAGAUGUUUUCCUGUUUGUAUUUUCAUUGGUUCUGGUUUUAAGAUGUGACAUUAAAGCAUUACUUGUCUCGAUUACAGAGUCUUUCGGCAUGCCUGUUCAGUUGUUUCUUAGCCACUGCCUGAUUUCCAGGUCCAAGGUCUUGAGUCCCUCUUAGUUCUCUCCGGUUCUGGAACUGGGACUUAGGUGGCCGUCUUUCCAAAGCUGCAGCUGCUUUGCACCAUCAGCAGGUGACCAGACGCCCUCUAGUGGGAAGGUGUGGCACAGCAUGAGACCCACCUAACGGGUGGGGCCCCUAGUGGGAGUAGGGAAGUGUCAACUCAGAGAGUGAGGCUCCCCUGGCUGGGGGAAGGCCCACGUGGGCAGCCAGCCAUGUCUAACACUUAUUCCCUUCCUGUGGGACUCUGGUCCGGUCUGGAGCACAGGUAGAGGAUCCAGAGAAGACACAGAUGGAGAAGGCAGAACCAUGGCACUGCUCUCCAGAUGGACUGUGUGCGAGAAGCUUAUAUUUUCGGUUGUGAGCCUUUUAACAGCUGAGCCAUCUCUCCAGCCCGUGUGUGAGGGUCUGAAUGGGAACCUUGCCCCUCCCACCUAUCCCGUGUGGUAGUGUAGGUCUUUGGCUCAACCUUCAAUGUUUCAGGCCUCAAAUGUGCUUGGCUUUCUUACCGAAGAACAUCUGCCCAGGUCCGAGGAAAAGGUGUGUAUUGUCAGGACUGUCCCCAUUCCGGGGAUGAUUGGCAGAAGAGACCAGAGGGAGGGAGUGGUGGUAGGCUAGGCCGUUGGUGGUGACAGGAAGAGACAGACGGGGCCUGAAGCUCCUUGUGGGGAGGCAGCAUCUCUACCUGGAGGUUCAGGCUGGCUGGGGAUCAGAGUGUAAUGGGAGCCUGGAGAGGGGCUGGAGAGAGCCUGCUUCUUACAGGGGGAUUUCACAGAGGGAGAGGGGCUGGAGAGAGCCUGCUUCUUACAGGGGGAUUUCACAGAGGGAGAGGGGCUGAGGGUGUGCACAGGAACGAAUGAGAAGUGAGUGUGAGCUGGUGCCCUGGCUUCUCUGCCUACUCGAGGGGCAGGGUGCUGUCCAGACAAGCACCCCCUCUUACUCCAGCUCACAUGGCAUCUCAGGUGCUGUCUUAGGAUCUCUUGGCUUUGAGUAACUGAACCGUGAACUGAAAGUUACCUGGAUGGCUAGAAUGUUCCCUUGCGCUUAAGAAUUCAGGAGGUCUCUGGUUCCAGGCUUGGUCCUGUGGCUCAAUACGGUGAUCAAAGGAGUCAAGUUCUUUCCAAGUAUCUGCUCGGCCAUCUGUAGGGUCUUAGUGAGGACUGACCUCGUGGUCACACGAUAGCUGCCGCACUUCCAGGCAUCACACUCCCAUCCAGAGCUGCCACAAGAAGAUAUCGACACACGCGCUUGAAGGCUCGAACAUUGGGCUCUUAGUCUGGCUCCUAAAGCAACUUAAAAAGGAACAAAGGCGGAAAUUUGAGGGCAGUUUUACUAGACUUGGCGAGGAGGGGAAAAACGGCAGGCAUGUUGUACAUCUGAGUGAUUGUCAGGAGGAGGGGAUAGAGAAGAGAAGGAGAGACGCCCACAGCAGUCAGGUGAGGCCAGCACGUUCAGGUGCGAGGGUCAGUAAGUGGCCACCUGGCAGACUAACAGCUGCAUGGGAUGUAGCUUCAGAGAAAGAGGGAGAAAGCCCAGAGUGUCUGGGGACUCCUCCCUAGCCCCUGUCCAGUGUCUGAAAGGAAAAGAAAUAGGACAAAGAGGAGAAGUUAGGUUUCACGAGAAGAUGUAAGCAGGUUCUACAGUUACCAUAUGCUGACUCUUCGGCAAGCAUCUGCACUGAGGGAGGGCCUACUGGGAGGGACGAGUACAUCAUCUGAUUAAAGGGAUAACUGUAGUCUUCUCAUCACCUUACAUGUCUUUGGGUAAAGCAAAUAUGGAAAGAGAAGUUAGCAGGGCGGGAGUUUGCCCUGGUCAGGUGAUUGACAGGCCCAGUUGCAUUAACUCUUAAAAAGGAGGAGACAGUAGAAUAUAAUGUUGGUCUCUUGUCUUCUGACCUGGUAACUAGUGGUCUCUAUGAUAUCUGUGGUUUUGACCUUUUCAGAAUGUCAUCCAGUGGGACUCAUGUGAAUGACACUGAGCCUUUUCAGACUGGCUUCUCUCACCUAGUGAGGUGGAGUUGAGCUUCCCCUGUGUCCAACUGCUUGGAGGCUGGCCACCUGUGACAGCUCCUCCUUACUGAGACGUUAUCUGAGUCCUACUAAAGGACUUUAUAGUGUCAGCCUCUCUCACCUGGGAAGCGAGUUCACACCAAAGGGGUACUGGUUGGCCACAUAUCCUGCUCCCCACCCCCAAGGUUGUGCUGUGUAUCAAGCUGGCUGUAGGCUUGUGCUAUAAAAGCUUCCCACCCUCAGAGAUAAACUCUCUCUUUUGCCAUGUGGGCUCUGAUUCCUUGUUUCAGAAACUGGGCUGCCUGUCUCUUGUGCUGGGCCUGAGCUCCUCUUAGAGCCUCCACCAUGACUGUUGCCUCUCUGUCUGUCUGUCCAUGUCAUUUAUAACUUUCAUCAUAAACUCUGUACUCCCCAAGAAUUUUUUUUUGCUAUCCUUCUUGACUCCCCUUUGGAAUCUUUCAGUUGAUUCGCCUCUUUUUAGAGCCGAGCAGCAUUCCAUUAUAUGAAUGUACCAGAGUAUGUCAGUCCUGCUGAAAGAUGCGUUGUUUGCUGUAUAAAUAAAACUUACACAGAAAUCAUCAUACAGAUGACGGGUCCAGCUCAGCUAGGUAAAUUCUUAGGAGCGUGAUGCUGCGUUGAGUGGUAAGACUAGGUCCUAGCACUGGGAAAAAACCACCAAUUCAAAGCCGUCUCUCACAGCAACUGCUCAAAUUUGUAUUCCCACUAACAAAAUAUGAGAGGUUAUUCCUCGUCUUUUUAUUCCUGGUUUUCACACAGCUAGGAGCAGUAACAAGUGAGUGUCAGUGUGUAAAGAAUUUGAUGGGAAUGUGUGACAUUGUCUGUAGAGUAACGUUUCAAAAAGUUUUAUCCGCAAUGCCUGAACAUGAUCAUUUCCACACCCACAUUGACUGCCUGCUGCCAAGCUUUAAUAUUUUGGCAAUAUGACAAGGGAAAUCAAAGGAUGUUUCCUGCAAGGCUUCCAUUGUGAGAGAGUGAGGCAGUGCUCCAACUGCCUGGGCAAGGUCCUUUCUCUGGUGAUGCUUGAGCUGUGCAGUGUUGGGUAAGUGACUGGAUGUCUCUGGUCUUUGGUCCCCUCUCCUGUAAAGUGAAGACAGCCACGAUCCCUGCCUUGUUAACUGGACUUGAGGACUCAAAGGUAUCCAUCGUGUAAAAUGCUAGCCUAUCCCUGUCUCUAAGUGGUAAGCUAAUGAACAUUAUUGUGUUAUAUGUUUGUGACGAUUUGGGUUUCUUGACUUAUGAUCUGGUGAUUCAUAAUAACUUCUCAUUUUCUCUGGAUUCUUCUUUCGCAUACUAACUGAUUAGAGCUCUUUGUAUUUUAAUAAAUUUCAUACGUACAUCA